UGUUACAAAUUAACCUAAAAAUUGAUGCGAAAUAUCUUUAUUUUCUUCUCAUAUUUCAUUGCGUGUUUUUUAGGUUAUUGUGUGCUUAUUUGUGAAUAAUAUUAGUGUUUAUACAAAGGGAAAUUGUCAAAAAUAAACACACAUAUAAAUGCAAGCGCAUAACAUUCCGCCACAAAAUGGCAUUCUGAAAGUAACAUAUGAUUUUAUUAAAGAUUUCCUAUUUUUGUAUAUAAAAUUCGCAUUUUAUGCUGUGAUAGUGUACAUUUUUUUUUAUUACUACGAUUAUUAUUUCGGAUAGUGAUUGGUAUUUUUUUUUAUUAUGAUUAUUUAGAAAUGUGAAGUGGUAAAAGUGAAGUGAGAAAAAAACCAGUUUUUUUGACAUUUUCUUAUUGGGAGGUGAUUUUUCACUGCUAAGGGGGAUUUUGGUCAAUCAAACAGCAUGAAGCGUUCUCGGCACAGAUGGCUGGGCAUCGGAAUAGUUUGUGUAACACUAAUAGUGAUAUCAACACUUCCCAUCGCCGAAGCAGUCCGGGCCACGUCUCUCAUUUUCGCCAAGACGACCAGCACAACGGCAGGCCCCGGGGACAUGCCCACUGGAGACGAUGAAGUACAGACUGAAGUGACGGCCGAAGGUGUGGAACCAACAAAUUCCACCACGAAACUGAGCGGCGUCCCUCAGAUCGACUACAUCUACGACCCUAACCUGCCCCGAGAGUUGAACGGCUACAACCUGUCUGAGUACCCCUUCUACGAAACGGUACCACCUCCAGAAACCAUGGACUUCAAGUGCGACGGACUCCAUGAUGGGUUUUACGCUUCAGUCCCUCACAAAUGUCAGGUGUAUCACCACUGUCUCUUCGGCACUCGGUAUGACUUCCUCUGCGCCAAUUACACAGCGUUCGACCAGAAGACGUUCAUCUGCCACUUCGUCUCCGAAGUAGACUGCAAGAACUCGCCCAAAUUUUUUAGCAGAAACGAAGCCCUGUACAAGGCAACGACGUCGGCCCCUCCCCCGCCUCCCCCCACCACCACCACAACCACCACCACGACAACCACCAGGCCGCCGCGAGCUGGCGGCCGCCGCCGUCCGUACCACCGCUACGAUUAUUAUGAUGACGAGUACUAUGAUACGAGAGACGACUACGAUUAUGGAGGCAGGAGAAGACGUCCAUCUAGACCGGGCAAGAGACGACCUCACGAUGAAUACGAUGACGACAGAUAUGAAAGACGACCUAGGCCACGUGACGAGCCAGCUGAAGAAGAAUAUGAAGAGAGGCGACCAUACCACAGACCAGGCAAGAGACCUUACAACGAUCAAAGAAGGCCGUAUGACGAUGACGAAGAUAGAAGAACCUAUAGACCUGGCGGCAGAAGACAAAGACCGAGAGACGACGAAGAAGAUAGAUAUAGAGGUGAAGAAGAAAGACCAAGAGCAGGACAGAGAGAGCAGAAAAGAGACGAUAUAAGACCAAGGCCUAAUAAAUUCAGGCCAAGAGACGAAAUAAAACCCAGGGAUGAAAGGCCGCAGGAUGAGGAGAAAGAUGAUAAGCAAAGUGAAAUUCGACCUAGAGAUGAAAUAAGACCCAGAGAUGAAAUAAAGCCAAGAGAUGAGCCUAGAGAAAGACCAAAUUUCAGACCACGCGACGAAUCCAAACCUCGUGAUGAAAUUCGUCCAAGAGAUGAAAGAAGGCCUUCAAGAGAUGAAACUCCAGCUCCUGAAAAGUCUAGACCAAGAGAUGAUAGGUAUCAGUCUAAUGAAGGAAGAAGGUAUAGAGAAGAAAGGCCUUACAGACGAGAAGAAAGACCGUAUGAAGAAGAUAGAAAUGUAGAGGAAAAGAGAGAAGUGCCAACAGCGCCCGAAGGUCAAGGUCUAGUCAAACCAAACGGUCACGGAAUUUUCAGUAAACCUAGAAUGCCUCCAAAAAUCAAACGACCAGUGCCUGAAAGUGUCAAAAACAAAUACGAAUACGUAACUGUUACCACUACUAAAGCUCCACCACCGAAAGAUGAUGAGGAAUACUAUGAUGAUUACGAGGAAGAAGAUACUAGAAGGCCUUCGUCUUCAGGUAAAUCAAGUUCAGUCCAGCAUAGACCAAGGGAAACAGUUGAAAAGGAAAAAUUUAAGCCUUCAAAGCCGCAUACUUCUGUUAGCUAUAAAGAGAGGAGAAAUAAAAAACCAGCAGCGUAUGAUGAUGAAUAUUAUGACAGUGAAUGGAAAGACCGCAGGCCAAAUUCAAGACCGGUAAAACCACAGCCUCUUAAAGACGCCAUUGAUGAUUAUUACUACGAUUAUGAAGAUAAGAGAGAUAAUAGAAAAAUAAUUCCAAAAGAAGACGAAACGCCUGCAAAAGGUAGACAGAUGGUUAAAGUGAUAAAACGACCUUUUUUACCCUCUAGGGGUGGAAGCCCUUACUUACCUAGGGGCUUGCAGCCAGUUGCUGGCAAAGACAUGACUGUUCCUCCAAGUACCACCCCUAAACCUACCACCACAACUACUACCACCACAACCACUACCACCACUACUACUACACCACCUCCUACUACCACAACUACUACAACAACCACAACUACUCCAGUACCUACCACUACGUUCACAAGAGAAACACCAACAACUCAUCAGCUCAAAGUACCAGAAGACGAAUAUGAAUAUUACGAUGAAGAAGACAUAGAAUAUGUAGGUAAGGAUAAAAAAGAGACAACAACACAUUUGCUAGAUCCCACUACAACCGAGGAAGAAGUUAGAACAAUCAAACCAGAGACGACAACAGCUGAACUAACAACACCAGAACAAAAAGCAAAAUCUUUAGCAUCAAAAGUGUUAAAAGUUUAUAAUGAUAAUUACGAAGCAAUAAGAGAAAAAUUGGAAUCAACAUUAUCACCAGGCGACUACAUAAAGCCAUAUCUAAAUUUAAACGCACACAUAUCAACAGAAACACCGUUAAAACCGAUAUUAUCACCGAAACCCGAAAUCUCGAAACCGUACACAGCGACAGGGAAGCCGGUAAUACCAGAAAACAUUUCAAUAAAACACAAUUUAGCCGAUUCAAUUGAAAACGAAUACGACGUUCGUCUUAAUGAAGCUAUAACACCUAAUUUACCCAAAAUUAGGGUUCCCAGCGGUUUUGUGCCUUCAAAUAGGGAUUAUAGUUAUUCAAGAUUCAGAAAUAACUUUGCUCCAUCUGAACCGCAGUAUGCAGCCUCAGAAUUGUCAAGCUAUCAAGUAAGAACACGUCCACACGUGACUGGGGUAAGUAUAAGGACCCCGAAUUCCUAUUAUUUACAACCUCAGAGAGUGGUGGCUUACGACGAUAGUGUCCAAAGGUACCCAAGGCAGUUAUUGUACAGACAAGUAGCUAACUACUAUUAAUUGUGAUUUUGGUAACCUUUGAGAGAAUUGGGCUAUGAAAACCUGUGGUGUAUGUUUUUGGCUUCGAGCUAUUUCUUUUUGGCGACAUUUUUCAUGAGCAUAUAUAUAUAUAUAUAUAUAUAUAUAUAUAUAUAUAUAUAUAUAUAUAU